AUGCCGUAUUACAAAAAACUGACUGACAAUACAACUGGUCAGAGUUACACCAACGCUCUUUCAAUCGGAGCAAUACGCAACGGCAAACAGCAAGGUCGGCUGCUUGAAGAUAUUGGUGCCGUAACUGAAUACAUUGUACGACCCCGUUUGACGGAUUUAUUGCCUGGAUCCACUGAAGAUUCACAAUUUGACCGUAUUGCCGAUCAACUCAAAACACUGGGUGUCAGAACUGGACUGAACAAUCUUUACUUUGUUUGCGAGUCCAUCGAUUAUAACACCACUAGCAGUGACGUAACCAUUGAUGUACAAGUCAAGGGAAUCAAUCAACUGUCAGUUAUUGAUGACACUGGCAAAUCACUUUCAGUUGCCAAGUUUAAAAGCAACAUAAAAAGUCAACACUCGUUCAAACUGGCAUCUGUAAUCAACGAUCUUGGUAAUACUCGGGUCAGUAUCAUUGGCCAAAACAACGGCAAACAGGUUCUCAAAACACAUAAGCAUAUCAGUCGCAUUCCACAACAACAAGAUCGUGUUAAACUUGAACAUGGUGUCAAAUGGGUGUUUAAUGGUACCAGUAAAUCGGUUGGAGUAUACAACUCGCCAUCUACCAAAAAGUCACAGGGAUGGAACUCGGUCAAUGGUAAAUGGGUUGUUGGUGACGGAAUACAAUACAGUCCUGCAAUAGUCACUGAGAUCCGAUCAUACUAUACUGCACCAGUUGGAUCCAACAUCACUAUUGAAAUUGAUGCCGCACUUGAAUCGCAAAUGUAUGGCGACUUUUUAAGCUUGUAUAUCACAGAUGCGGAUGACAAUGUGGAAUCACUUUUGAAUACGGUUGAUCCGUAUACUAAUAUGCCUACAGAAGGUGUAUCCGGAGUCAAGACGGUUGCAGAAAAGUAUGCAGUGACAACCAAGACGGAACAGUUUUUUGUCAACAUCAUAUUCAAUUCAGACCUUGCUAUGCAGAUGAAAGGAGCAACAAUCAAUUAUUGGAGUGUUAGCAUGAAUUGA